GAAACCGUUGGGCCGCUCCGUUUCCCGGAAGUGACGUUGGCCAGCCGCAGGGAUGGAGGACGUGCUGGACCUCGGCGAGGAGUGCCGUCGCGGCCCGGCCACCUCCGGUCCCAAGAUGGGUCGCCGAGCUCAGCCGGAGUCAGCGCAGACUGAGAAUCAAUUCAGUGGCAAGAACUCCUCUUUGACUUUGACUGGAGAGUGCCUGGCACAGAACAGACUGCAGUUGACACUACAUAGUGAGGCUCCUCCUCCAAAGCCACCCCGUCGGCAGGGAGGCUGGGCAGAUGAUUCCAUGAAGGCUUCAAAGUUUGGAAGGAAGGCUUCUGAAGAAAUAGAAGAUCAUCGCCUCAGACAGCACAGUCUAGGUGGAUCAGAUGAUGGAGGAGAUAUUCCUGUUAUCCCGGAUCUGGAAGAAGUACAGGAAGAAGACUUUGUUUUGCAGGUGGCAGCCCCUCCCAGCAUCCAAGUCAACCGGGUGAUGACCUACCGUGACUUGGACAAUGACCUCAUGAAGUACUCGGCCUUUCAGACCUUGGACGGAGAGAUCGACUUGAAGCUCCUCACCAAAGUCCUCGCACCAGAGCACGAAGUUCGGGAGGAUGAUGUUGGCUGGGACUGGGACCAUUUGUACACUGAGGUGUCCUCAGAGCUCCUCACUGAGUGGGACCAGCUUCAGAUGGAGAAUGAGGAGCCUGUGGGACAGCCCAGGCACCCCUGAACCCUGGAGAGGACAGCAGACCAUUCUCCAGGUACAUAGUAACCUCUGCCUUGGACUUGAAAAAAAUACAAGCCUAAAACUGAAGAGGCUGACAAGCAGCUUAGAAUUUUUAUCUAGAAUAUUUUGUAAUAAAAUAGUUAUUCUCAGCAGGCCACUUUGGGUCCCUCAAUUACAAUAAAUUGCUUUACUCUCCAAUGGCCAUCUCUUCAUUUCUUCCCAGCACCCUCUCGAAAGAAAGAUCCAUCGAGAGUGAAGCUGAGUGGCUUUUAAACAUCCUGAAGGGAACUCUCCACAUUGUUGAAGAGCAUGAGGGGUCGUCAGAUUCAGGAGGAGAAGGGGCAUCAUUCAGUUCCAAGAGGCCACAGCAGCCCUGGGAAUGUGGGGAUGUGGGAGGUUCAGACACCUGCCUGCUGGGUCCUGGGGAGGGCCUGGCAUGAGCCGUUCUGACUGUGGACAUUCAGUACUAGUCAGUUAAAUUCAUGAAGGUGCCCUGCCUCCUUUGUUACCUGCUUUCAGGCUGAGGAGGGAGCAAGACGUGGGUGUCAUCAGGUGAUCCCUUCUUCACCUCAGGGUUUGGUAGCUGUUUUGACAGCCCUUCCCUUCCUCUCCUCUUCCUGCAGCCCGUGCCCUAGGUUCUGAAAGCUGCAGUCCCCUUCUGCCACAGCUUCCCAGAACCUCCGCUCUGGUUCUCAUGAGAAGGGGCCAGCUUAGCAGCCCCUCGCAGGGCUCUCUCUGGGGGCUCUCCUCUGCUCCGUUUUCCAGAGCCCCUGAGCUUUCAGAUACAGAGCUGCUUGUCUUCACUGCUCCAAAAUGCAGGAGACCCAAAGGCCCUGAGCCCAGCCCUGUUUCUACACAGAUACAGCUUUUGUUUUUGGUUCUCCCUCUCUUCCCAAGACAUCUGAGGACAGGGACCUUUUCCUGUCCCCCUCUCCUGGACACGCUUUGGACCAGGCCCAUGCAGCCUGGCAGCUAACUAAGUAAGCCCUGCUCCUCACCCAGCCCAGCUGGAGCGUACAGGAAGUGCUGAGCACCUCUUAUCCUGCCUGGAAAGCCCUCAUUAAAAUACAGAAAAACAAAGAGGCUCAACACAUCAAAAACCCACUGGGGGGUUAUUUUUGCAUGACUGCCGUGCCCUUCCCCGGUGAACCACGAGGCUCAGAACAGGCAGAGAGGAUGCAGGUCUGGUAAUUAUAAACCCGGGGAUUUAGUGGCUUGGGGUCCCUUUUCCAGCAUCACACUCUCAGCCCAGGGAGCCCCUCUUUGGAAUAAUUCCCAUGGCCCCAGAGAAGUUUCCAUCCAGGCUGGGUUUUCUUGAAUCUGCAUCGUCCUGCAACCCGAAGGGGAAAGUCUGUAUUUCUUGUCCCUUAAUUACUGGCCAGUUCAAUGGCCUCAGGAAUCUGAUGGUCCUAGGGGCCUUCAGCCAGCCAGAGCCAGUAGCUGGGGACUGCCUUCCGUCCUCCCGUGAUAAUAACAGCAGCAACAAGGCCUAACAUUUAUUGUGUGCUCACUGCCUGCUGGGCACAGGGCUCAGCGCUCAGUAUGACUUACCUGGCUUGACCUCACCGUUGCCCAGUGAAGCAGGUGCUGUUUUGUGGUCCCAUUUACAGGUGAGGAAACUGAGGCUCUGAAGGGUUAAGAAAUUGCUCCGGGUCAUCCAGCUCCUGAGUGACAGAGUUGUCUGCCUCUUAAAACCCACUUGUCUGACUAGGGAGCCUGUGCUUGUGACAUCUGUGUUCCUGUUCCUUCUCUGUUGCCUUCAGCUUAGGAAAGUAACCUGGCCUAGAGUGGGCAGGAAGUCCCUGGGUGAUAAAUGGUUAAUGCACUUGGCUCUUACCCAAAAGACUGGAGGUCUGAGUUCACCCAGAGGUACCUCAGCAUAAAGGCCUGAUGAUCUACUUUAAAAAAUCAGCCAUUGAAAACCCUAACAAGCAUAGUUCUACUCUGACACACAUGGGGCUGCUAUGAGUCAAAGUAGACAAAACAGCCACUGUGUAUGUGUUUGUUUGUAAUAGUGGGGAGAUGUAGAGGUGCACUGGGAGAAACUGCCUGCUUCCCCUUGGGCACUGACCAGGCAACCAUUCUUGUCUCUGAAAGUAUGCAGUGACCACAAAGUAGAGAGCUUUGCCAGGCCUGGGGUGUGAAGCCUCUCAGAGUCCUGGCCCCCGGAGGCAGGGUUACAGCCAGUGGGCCUGGUGAGGAACAGCUAUUGGUGAAAUGAGCUAAGCCUGGACAAGAGUCGGACUCAGGCCAUGUGGGACCAAGUUUCCUGUUGCCCGUGCCAUGUCCUGGCCACACCCAGCCUGGGCUUCAUCCUUUAGCCAAGAUUUGAACAUCAUGUGGUCAGAGAGCCUGGAGAAUGACAGGCUGUUCUAGACUCUAUGUCCACCCAGUGCUUACUGACUUCUGAGAUACUUUGCUUUUCUCACUCAUAUAUGUUCCAAACAGCAGCAGCGCCCACCCUAGACUUCAGGGGCAACCCAAGAAGACAGCCCAAGAUGUCAUGAGAGAAUAGACAGGCAGCCAGGGCCCCAGCAAUGUCGCUUUCUGCAGGGGUAUGGGGAAGGCACAGGUCUUUUUGUUUGUUUUAUUGUACUUUAGAUGAAGGUUUACAGAACAAACUAGUUUCUCAUCAAACAGGUAGAACACACAUUCUUCUAUGACAUUGGUUAACAACCCCACAGCAUGUCAACACCCUCCCUUCUUAACCCUGCAUUCCCUGUUACCAGCUGUCCUGUUCCCUCCUGCCUUCUAGUCCCUGCUGCAGGGCUGGUGCGCCCCUUUAGUCUUGUUUUGUUCCAUGGGCCUGUUCAAUCUUUGGCUGAAGGGUGAACCUCAGGAGUGACCUCAUUACUGAACUAAAAGGGUGUCCAGAGGCCAUACUCUCAGGGUUUCACCAAUGUCUGUCAGGUCAGCAAGUCUGGUCUUUCUUUUUGAGUUAGAAUUUUGUUCUACAUUUUUUCUCCAGCUCUGUCCAGGAGCCUCUAUUGUGAUCCCUGUCAGAGCAGUCAGUGGUGGUAGCUGGGCACCAUCUUGUUGUACUGGACUCAGUCUGGUGGAGGCCAUGGUAGAUGUGGUCCAUUAGUCCUUUUGACUAAUCUUUCUCUUGUAUCUUUAGUUUUCUUCUUUCUUCCUUGCUCCUGAAGGGGUGAGACCAGUGGAGUGUCCUCGAUGGCCACUCAUAGGCUUUUACGACCCCAGACACUACUCACCAAUGUACAACGUAGAACAUAUUCUUUAUAAACUGUGUUAUGCCAACUGAGCUAGAUAUUCCCUGAGAUCAUGGUCGCCACAGCCGUUGGCCCAGCAAUUCAGUCCCUCAGGGAGUUUGGGUGCGUCUGUGGAGCUACCAUGACCUUGGGAAGGCAUAGGUCUUGAUGCUGCCUCCACUUGCAUGUGGCAUGCUGACUGGUUCCUGACCAGUUUCUCCUGGACUCCCUCAUGUCACCUCUGAGCAGACUUGAGAAGCCCCAGCUGGUCUCCAGCACAAUCUCCCAUGGUGUCUUUGAUAUUGGGCAGUAGCUUCAGAGAUGCUGUUCUUAGGCCAGGCUCUAGUGGGGAAGUUUGUACCUUCAUGAAGUAUUGAUUGCCACCUACCCUGUGCCAGGCUGUGUCCUAGGCACUGCUGACAUGGCCACAAACUAGACAGGCAAAACUCCCUCCCAAGUGGCACUUACAUCCUGGUGGUGGAGGGAAUGGACAGAUCAGUAAACAGCAUGUCACAGAGGCCAUGGAGAAAAAUAAAGCAGAAACAGGGAAGAGAAUGUGGGGCAGUGGUUGCAAUUUUACAUGGAAUGGUUAAGGGGGCCUCAUGAGAAGGCGACAUUUGAGCCAAGACCCGAAGAAGGUGAAAGGUAGGAGCAAGACUGGUAUGUGGGGGGAAAGGGUUCCAAGUAGAGGGAACAGGAAGUGCAAAAACCAAGAGGGGAGGGAAUGGGCCUGCUUGUCUGAGGAGCAGCAGGAGGUCAGUGUGCAGGGGACAAGGGGAGAGCUUGGGCUUCUCACAGAAAAGGCCUCUGUGUGUGUGGGGUCCACUCGCUCCCCUGACACAGGUACUCUCAGGCCUCCUCUGGCUCGCCGGGGAGCCUUUAGAGAACUUUCCUGAAACUGCUGCAUGGCCUUUGCAUGCCUUAGGCUGGAAGAAGCUGAACGGUUUAUGCCAGAGGAAGGGCGGGGAGAACAAUGUGCUCCGUCUGCACAGACCGGAGGUCAGGGGGCUGCUGGCAGCUCCCGCCAUGCCGGGUGGUGCCAGGUGCGCAGGGCAGACAAAGCAGCAUUGUCAGGCCUCUGCAUGGAACGCUCCCUGGAAACAUGCGGCUCCUGAUGAAAAGUUCAAGCAAGAAAUUCAUCCAGACAGGCCUGUGUCUGAACCGGAGGUCAUCUCUAUCCCUCGUGGUUGGCUCUUCUUUGCUAAACCCUAGGCCACUCCAGAUAGGCUUUUUGUUUUGGAAACUGAUGCUACCAUGCAUUCAGGUAGCUCGACCACCAUGUGCCGCUGAGCUAAAUCUAGGCCUUCUCUGCUAGUGGUGAGGGGGGCUCCUGGGAGAAUUAGUGCUGGAGACCUGCGUGCGAGGAUACUGUUUCCUACAGCAAAAUGAGGAACCCGGCUUAGCAUCCUUGCUUGGCUUGCUCAAGCAUCGCUAUGCUUCUUUCCUUGGGGCAAAGAGGCAGUGGGGAAGGCAGCAGGUAUAGCAGCAAAGGGCAGUGGUGAAGAGUGCAGGUUUCAGAAUCAAGAGGCCUGGUUCCAGGUCCAGCUCUACCACUUAGAAGCUGUGGAACAGUGAACAAGCGAUGUUCCCUUUGUGACCCUGUUUUCUCAUCUAUAAAAUGGGCUGUAGUAUUAGUACCAUCUUCUGAGAUUGUGAUGCCCAGUAAAGGCUGCUGUUGUUAUUAGAUUUUGGAACUGGUUGGGAUCGACAAGUGAGCGUAGGGAAAGUCACAUUGGAUAUUUUAUAGCAGGAGCCCCUAUGUUUUGCUGGAGGGUAUCACCUUCCACCACCUCCUGGGCACCAUUUCUCAGCCAUGGCUAGAGGAAUGGUUUGACACCAGGGUUUCUUUCUUUCCUUUUUUAACUGUUUUAUUAAGGUAUAAUUUCAAUAGCAUAAAACUCAGCCAUUGUGAGCCUAUGGUUCAGUGAUUUUAAUAAAUCUGUACGUUGUGCAACCAGCAUCGUAAUCCUGUUUUAGAACAUUUUCUUCACUCUAAAAUGUUCCCCUGGGCCUGUUUACAGUUAAUGCUGUUCCCACUCCCAAGUUCUAGGUGACCACUCAUCUCCUUUCUGCCUCCAUAAAGUUGUCAUUUCUGGACAUUUCACAUGAAUGGAAUCAUACAAUACGUAGUCUUUUGAUUCUGGCUUAUUUCACUUAGUAUGUUUUUGAGGUUUAUCCAUGUUAUACCACAGGAAAGCAGUUCAUUCCGCUUUAUCGUUGAAGAGUAUUCCAUUGCAUGGAUGUGUUAGUCUCCUAGAGUUACUGUAACAAAAUACCACAAACUGGGAGGCUGAAAACAGCAGAAGCUUAUUCUCUCACAGUUCUGGGGGCCAGAAUUCUGAAAUAAGUGUCGGCAAGGCCAUGCUCUCUCUGAAGGCUCUCUCUAGGAGGAUCCUUUCUUGCCUUGUCUAGCUUCUGGUGGCCCCAGGCGACCCUUGGUUUGUGGCACCACAGCUCCAACUUCUGCCUCUGUCUUCACAUGGCCAUCCUCCCUCUGUGCCUGUCUUUGCGUCUGUCUGUCUCUUCCUCUUUUUAUAAGGACACAAGGCGUACUGGAGAAGGCCCCCCCCACACUCCAGUGUGACCUCAUGUUAUCUUAACUAAUUACAUCUGCAGAGACUGUUUUCAAAUAAAGCCAUCGUCGUAGGUACUAGGGUUUAAGGCUAGAACAUAUCUUUUUGGGGUCACAAGUCAGCCCGUAACAAUGUGUAUACACCACAUUUUGUUGAACCACUUGCCAGCUGAUGGACAUUUGGGUUGCUGCCAGGUUCUGGCUAUUAUGAAUAACACUGCUAUGGGCGUUUGUGUACGUGUCUUUGUGUGGAUAUGCGUUUUCAUUUCUCUUAGGCAGAUUCCUAGGAGUGAAACUGCUGGCUUACAUGAUAGGUUUAACUUUUAAGAAACCGCCAAGCUGUUUUUCAGAACACUAGUUUAUUUAGUUUUUUUCAGGUGCUUUAGGGCACCGGGAUUAAUUAAGCGCUUGCUUUUUCUUGUUUCCUUUUCUCAGGUCACUGUGGGCUUUGCAGGUGGAACGUUCUCCCAAUUUCUCUCUCCCUUCUUUCCUCCUGUCAUUGAUCAGAUGUCUGUUUUGAGAACAUAAAACUCAUCUGUCUGUCUUCCCCACUAUCCUGUAAGCUUCCUCAGGAUAUUGCUGGGGGUUAUUUAGGUUUCUGUCAAGCCCCACGCAUAUCCUAGAAUUCAAAGUCAAAUAAGAUGCAGUCCCGACCUGAAGAAGCUCACAAGCUAGUAAAGAAAUAGACAAGUUUCAUCUAUACUUUCAAAGCAUUGAUUUUGAAAAGCAAAGGGCCUUUCUGGAUGAGCGGAGGAACCCAUAUAAUCAGCUGCAAAGUACCGAUGGGGGAAGAGAGAAAGGGAGCUUCGUAACCAGCAGGCUGGUUCACACAGAGUAGGCGUCGGCAAACUACAGCCCGUGGGCCAAAUCCCGUCAACGAGUGUUUUUAUAAAGUUUUACUGGAACAUAGUCAUGCUCUUUCAUUUACAUAUUGUCUAUGCCUACUUUUGUGUUACAAAGGCAGGACUGAGUAGUUGUGACAAAGUCUGUAUGGCCUGAAAAGCCUUAAAUAUUUACCAGCUGGCCCUUUACCAAAAAGCUUGCCAACUUGGCUUAAAGGAAAGAAUGCAGAGGAGAAACACCACCACAUGCUCCCAACACUCAGCUGUUUAUCCCUAUCCAGAAAAUCAAUUGCAGCAGGAGUGACCUGAGUUAGAUGUAAGGAAAGACUGGACGAGUGGGAGAUUCUGGUUCUUGAAAGAGACAGACAAGCUUCUCUUAAGAAGCGGAAACAAACACCAGUUCCAGGGAAGUUGGGACAUAAUCUAUCUAUAGACAAAAAGCUGGAAAGGGUGGCUUCUGGGCUCCUCCUCAGCCCUUUGGCCCUAUUUGUGCAGUGGGGAGGGGUAUAUGUAGGAGUCAGAUGCCUUAGCAGAAGGUUCAGAUUAACAAAGAGAAAGCCUAAUGGAUGGGGCGUUAGGAGCAAGGAGGGGAAAAAACAUUCCGAAUUUUAUUUUAGUGAGAGAGCGAAAAUCAGGAAGCAGGGGUGGUGGGAGCAGGCAGGGAAGAGACUGUCCCUCUUGUGGCUGCGACGGAGUGAAUUAAUUCACCGCAUAUGUUCCCAGCAUCUGUCGUGGUGACCUGGACUGGAGGGGUCAGCGAGAGAGGGGGCCAUGCCAGGGCUAAGCAUUAGCCCAGAAUUCCCGGGCUGCGGGGCUCUUGGCUCCCUCCGAACGGUGGCUGGCCAGCCCGCCCAGGAACAUCUGCUGUGGCUGCUGCCAAUAGCGUUGCCUUGGGGGGAGGGAGAGCAUCUCUUCUGCAUACUGUCCACCAGGAAAUACCUGGCCCGGGAGAAGACUGGAAAAAGCCCUGCAAAAGAUCUUCUGUGGAAGUAGGCUCAACCCCCCAGACAUAUGUCCUGCAAGCAGAGUGGAGGUGUGACCCAAGGCGCAGCCCUGGGAGGGCUCAGGGGAACUACAGCCCUAGGUAGAAAGAAUGCACAGGAAUCUGGGGACUGCUGAUUCCCUGGGACUGCUAUGGCGCUACAGUUAAGUGCCUAGCUGCUAUAACCUAAAGGUUGGUGGUUCGAACCCACCCUGCAGCUCCGUGUGAGGAAGACCUGGCGAGCUGUUCCUGUAAAGAUUAUAGCCUCUGUGACAUGGCGUUAUGAGUUGAAAUCAACUCAACGGCACCCAACAACAAUGACUCUUAAGUGCCAGACCCAGAAUCCUCCCUGGAUAGCAUCUUGGGCUGUUGUUGCUAGCUGUCCUCAAGUUGAUUCCAACUCAUGGCAAUCCCAUGUGUGCUGAAUAAAACUACUGCAUAAGGGUUUUAAGGCAGGGACCUUUUGCAAGCAGAUCACCAGGCCUGUCUUCCAAGGAACCUCUGUGUGGGUUCAAAUUGCCAUCCUUUUAGCUAGUAGUGAGCACUUAACCGUGGGCUUCUUGGUGCUAAAUGCUCCUGAGGAGCCUGUCAUCCCCGAGGAAGGGGGCAGUAGGGUACAGUGGCUAAGAAUGCGGUUGAGGUCAGGUUGGCCUCUCUGCUCUUCCACUUCAUAGCUGAAAAACUUUGGGCAAGUUCCCAAAGCUCUUUGUGCCUCCAUUUUCUCAUCUGUGGAGUCAGGUUGAAAAUAAUUCCUGCCCUAUAGGGCUACUGAGAUGAUUAAAUGAGCUAAGGCAUGUCGAACGUCCGGCACGUAGUAAGUUCUCAAUGAAGAUUAGUCCUUAUCGCUUUAAAUGGAUAGGUGUUGGCCACUUGUUGCACCCGGUGUUAAGUCAUGGGCUGUUAGGGCUGACAGGACCUCAUGGGUGGCUUAGUUUCCCAGUGCUGCUGUAACAGAAAUACCGCACGGGGAUGGCUUUAAAGAACAGAAAUGUAUUUGCUCAGAGUUCUGGAGACUAAAAGUCCAAAUUGGGGUCUCCGCCAUGCCAUGCCUUCCCUGUCAGUAGUUCCUGGCAGUCCUUGGUUCCUUAGCUUGUAGACAAUCCUCACAUGGUGUCUACCCUACCUGGGUGUCUGCUCAUUAACAUAACAAAGAAAAUCCUAUUUCUAAACAGGAUUCCAUCCACAGAUACAGGGGUUACAGUUCCAACACAUAUUUGGCGGGGCACCAUUUAAUCCCUAACAGUGGGCAUCUACCCCACGGUUACAGACUAGUGGCCCACAGGCUAAAUUUGAUCCACAGGAUGUUUUAUUUGGUCUGUAUAAAACCAAACCAGCCAAACUCGUUGCUAUCCAGUCAAUUCCAACUCAUAGCGACCCUAUAGGACAGAGUAGAACUAUCUCAUAGGGUUUCCAAGGAGCACCUGGUGGAUUCGAACUGCCGACCUUUUCAUUCGCAGCCGUGGCUCUUACGCACUAUGCCACCAGGGUUUUCUUUGCCUACGUAGUAUUUUUUGCUUAAUUAUGAGCAUUUAAAAUAGGGAGAUUUUACAGAAAAACCUAGAGUUGCCACUUCUCUGUCCACCUUGGGCCUGCAGUCCUUUAUGGCAGCAAUUGACUUGAGCUGAGUAGCAAUGGCCCCCCUAAAUAGGCCCCCCUCCAUCAUUUACAUUUCCUGCCUGCCCACUGCAGGCAUUUGACUUUGAGACCCCUCCUUGGCCUUGGCCUUCUCAUUUUGACAUUGAGGAUAGUGCUCCCCAAGGACACUUACCUAAGGUCAUAUUCCUGGAGACUGGAGCUAUGGUUCUGACUUGCAGGCCAGUGUCCUUUGUCCCAGGAAUCUGGACGCCUGCCUUUUACCUCUCCUGCUGUGUAACUUAAAAUCAUGGAAGCUCUGAAGAAGAUCCAGUUAGGUGAAGCCUAACCCUGUGUCCAGCAAGGAUCUGACAAGCACUUAAGCGGAGUUCUGUGAUAUUUCCAAGGCCAGAGCUGGACCCUUAGCCAUUUGCCUUGGCUUAACUGUUGGAAACCCUGGUGGUGUCGUGGUUAAGUGCUACAGCUGCUAACCAAGAGGUUGGCAGUUCAAAUCCACCAGGUGCUCUUUGGAAACUCUAUCAGGCAGUUCUACUCUGUCCUAUAGGGUCACUAUGAGUUGUGAGUUGUCAGUGGGUUUUUGGUUUUUAACUGUUUAAGCUCUGCCCCAGAGCUGAUGGCAUCUGCUCAGGAAGAGUCUCCACCUCAGCAGGCACAGAAAAGGGAGGAGGUUUGCCCUCUCUGCUCCAUUCUAGAGCAGCCACCAGUGCCUCAGUUGUUGUAGAGAGGCACUGGGAAGAUGAGGGUAGUGAGGCUGCAGGGGCAGAGAGCCCACCCACCUGGCCUGCAGGGUCUACAUACUGGGCUUAGGAUGAGGGGCGGCCACGGAGUGCACCACUCCUAUCACCCUUCAGGGGAGAAGCUGGAGUGUGGGGUGCAGUUAGCUGACAGCCUCCAGUGACUAAACAUGGCGGGGCACAACGACGCCCCAUGUCUGGCCAACACAGGCUCCUCUGUGGCAGUUUUGGCGUGAGAGCUCCCGCUGGGCUGGUCAGAACUUUCUCAGAGCCACACCACAGUCUGAAACUCUUGCCUCCAGGCCCUCCUUCUUCCCCGCUUAUUUCCAGGCAUUGAAGCUUCAUCCUUCAGCCUUUUUCUACUUUACCUUACCCUCAGUCAACCUCUUGCACUUCUAGUUCUAUCUUGGUGUCUCUUCCUGGAGGACCCAAGCAGUGGGCCUGAGGUGGUCCAGCUAGAGUGGUGGUUGGACAAGGACCCUUGGGUGGGCUGAGAGAAGAUAGCUUGUAAGGGGUGGGCAUAACAGCCCCCUCUCCAAAGCCAGAUGCCUCCUGAACACCCAUGGUUUGGCUGAAGUGUGGGUUUAAUUUGGAUUGGGACCCCUGGAGAUGGAGAGAAGGAGGUUGGCUGAAGUAGAUCUCUCUCUCACUCACACAAGUGCCAGCUUGGAACCUGAUCCAGCUGACUUGGCCUGAAAGGGAGGAAUCAAAAUUCCCACAACAGGCUUUUGGCAAAGGAAUUCAGUCUCAUCUCCGUAGAAGGAAACACUUUCUUCUUUUCUUGCUGAAGCCCCUGAGUGGUGUAAUCGGUUAACACACUUGCUGCUAACAGGAAGGUUAACAGUUCAAAUCCACCCAGAGGCACCUUGGAAGACAGGCCUUAGUGAUCUACUUCCAAAAAAAUCAGCCGUCAAAAACCCCACGGAGCACAGUUCUUCUCUGAUACACAUGAGUCAUCAUGAGUCGGAAUCAACUCAAUGGCAACGGCUAGCUUCUCGCUGAGGUCGAGUAUGAGGAGCCACUGUUGGUGGCUUUGUGGGCAGAGUACAGGGGAUGUCAUGGCACCCCAGGCCUGCAGGAGACAAGGGUGUGCCCUCAGAGGGAGACAAGUUGCCCAUCAGGAUCCUGGGGCGUCACCGCUGAAGUUGGAAGAAGGGAUAACGUUUAGGUAAUCAUACCCCGGUACUGGAAGGUGCAUUACCUCGGCAGAGGGGAGCUCCUGAGGGGUUUGAAAACGGUCGUACUUAUUCUGAAGCAAACCUGAAAGGUGGCACCCUCCAAGGGUCUCCUGAGUUUUUAUGGACAACGAAACAGAAGAAAGGCCAACAAGAAAGAUGCCUCACUGGGUGUGGAUUGAGCCUACAUGAAAAGGAAGAGGGAUGCCAGGCAAAGAGAAAAAAAAUAAUAGUUUAACUAGAGAACAGAAAAAACAAAAAACCCUAGUGGCGGUGUUGGUGGAGAGGAGGGAAUUAACUACAAACAGGUGGGAGGAAACUUUCUGGGGUGAUGGGAAGAUACCACGUAUUGAUGUGGCGGUGGUUACCCACCAGUUGCCAUGGAGUCAAUUCCAACUCAUGGUGACCGCACGUGUGUCAGAGUAGAACUGUGCUCCACAGGGUUUUCAAUGGCUGAUUUUUCAGAAGUAGAUAGCCAGGCCUUUCUUCUGAGGAGCCUCUAGGUGGAAUCAAGUCUCCAACCUUUUGAUUAGCAGCAAAGCGCAUUAACCAUUUGCGCCCGUCAGGGAACCAGGGACUCCUGUGAUGGUGGUUACAUGUCUAUAUAUAUUUGUAAAACUCCUCAAGCAGCUUACUUAAAAAAGGGUGAUUUUUAUUGUAGGUAAAUUGCACCUCCAUAAACCUGACUUUUACAAAAAUUUUUCCCCAUCACUCUGACCAUCAUGGGAACACAAGUACCCCUUUGCCCCACACCGUCUUGAGUUCAUGCAGCGUCCUCUGUGGGGCCUGAGAGCCAGGUCAGGAAACAGAGGGGCCCUCAUAUGCCACCUCAGACCCUGACCCUCAGACCAGGUGGCUGCGCAGACUCAAGUGCAAGCUUUUAAAUUUUAUCUUCAGUUUAAUUCUUCAUGAUUAUGUUUGGAAAAGAAAAUCCAGCAAAUUUGACCACUGGGGAGAGCAGAUGAUUCAGUCUGGAGGAAAAUAGUCAUUUGGGAGUCAUUUUUGACAUUCUAAAUUCAGCGGAGCUUCCAGACUAAGACUAGGAAGAAAGACCGGGUCAUCUACUUCUGAAAACCAGCCUUAUAGGUCACAACAGUCCAAUCUACAGCAGAAUGUUUCAUUCUGUUGUGCACGGGAUUGCCAUGAGUGGGGCAGACUUGAUGGCAGAUAACAACAACAUAUUCACUAAAUUGAAAAACAUGUAGUUGAAUAUAAUGAAAAUCUCUUUUCACUCUGCCCUGCCCCUACCUAUCCGACAGUCCUCUCCCAGGUGGCCAUGUGUCCUUCUGGAUAGUUUCGGUACAUUUACAUACACAUAUACCCACAAUAUGGAGCCCUGGUAGCACAGUGGUUAAGCACUCGGCUGCUAACCAAAAAAAGGCCGGCAGUUCAAACCCACCAGCCACUUCAAGGGAGAGGUACGUGGCAGUCUGCUUCUGUGAAGAAAACAGCCUUGGAAACCCUAUGGGGCAGUUCUACCCUGUCCUACAGGGUCUCUGUGAGUCAGAAUCGACUCGACAGCAGCGUGUUUGGUUUUUGUGGUUUGUAUCCACAACAGAGACACAGAGCUUUGUUUUAUUUAUACAAUUGGGGUCAUUCUCUAAGCCUGACCUACAACUUGUUUUUUCCACCCAACAGCACAUCCUGCACAGCUUUCCCUACACGGACCUGUCUUCCUCAUUCUUUUUCUGCCAAACGAAAGAACAUGUAUUUAUUAUCAAAUUGACCUAUCAAUGCAGAAGCAUAAAACAAAGGAAAAUUUAGUCUUUUUCAAAGAAAACAUACCCAGUUGUUCAAACAGGGGUGAAUUUUUCAGCUUGAUAUGGUAAGAUGCUAGUGAACUUGACAGACCAUAAAUAGAUACAUCUGCUAUUACAUGCGAGAUUCCUUGUAGGCUCAGCUUGGUUCUUCUGCCUGAUUUUAUUACCAGCUUCUAUUCAAAUCCAUUGGGAAGAAUGGGACAAUUCUGUCUUUGUUUCUUACCCAGUAGGUGGUUUGGAAUGAGUAGAAAAGCUGCCUGUCUUUCAGGGGGACUUGAUGGCAGUCUGACAGGAAAUUUUGAGGCUAGCUGCAGGCUGGGGUAGAGUUGGGCCCCUCAAAGCAACCAUGAGAAGGAGGAGCCCCAGGAGAAGGAAGUGGGCUCAGUCUGAAUGAGACACCAAUUCCCUGAGCUCGCUUGUCCAGGGCAUUGAGGGGGCUGGGGAGAAUGAGAUAGUGAGGCCAUAAGGGAGAAGACGUUGGUGGCCUGUGGUGGAGACAGGAGGAGGCUUGGCUUGAAAAGCUAGGCCAGCCUGUGUGUGUGUUUGUGAGGGAGUGUCAUGUUUGGUCUUAGAGGGGAAAUCAGGGUUGGUAUCCUCUCUUGAGCAUUUGUUUUUAAUAUGCACUGGUAAGUGCUCUGUGGACCAGGCAUGGCAUUUGGUGCUGUUCCCUGAAAUGGCUGGGUACGUGGUUAGGACUGAGAGCUAAGUCCCCCAGUGCCCUCGUUACCUGUGUGUCCUUGUUCAUAUUCCUCUACCUCAAUAAUAGUAAUAUCUAACGUUUAUGAAGUUCUUACCAGGUAUCAGGCAACAUACUAAGUGCUUUAUGUACAUUGUCUCAGUCUUCUCAGUACCAGAAGAUAGGUACUGCAAUCAUGCCCAUUUUACAGAUAAGAGAAAUUGAGGCUUGACUCCAGGCCUUCCUCAUAAAGCACCUGAUGCAGUGUCCGUCUGUUUUAUAUCUCCAUCAGUCUCUGUUGGUCCCUCCUCCUGACUGGGGGAAUGCAGCAGGGCUCUGUCCCUUUACCAGGUUCCCCUCAGUAAACGAUGGCCAGCAACAUGCCAGGGCCAUUGCACCUUGGAGCUCUGCCCAUUAAUUUGGCAAAGCUGGGACUCAGGCCUCAGGAUCCCUGCCUUUGAGAAAAGGACAUCAGGUUUUCUUCUAACCUCCUCUAAGUGGGCUGUUUAAGGCUGUUUUGCUAGAGGAAAAAAGGACACCACCUGCAGGUGGAGUUUCUCAGAGGCGGCCCAGGGACCACCUGUAAAGCUUAUCAAAAAUACAGAUUUCUGGGUCCAUUGACCCACUGAACUAGAGUCUGGCUGGGAAAGACUGGAGAAUAUGCAUUUUAAAUAAGCACCUUUCCAGCCCCACCUCUCCCCAUUGAGAACCUUUUCCUAAGGCAGGUCCCUGAGGGGUGCAAACUGUUAACAAGCUUGGCUGUUAGCAAAGUCUGGAGGUCUGAGUCCACCCAGAGGCUAUGGAAGGAGAGGUCUGGGGAUCUACUUCCAAAAUAUCAGCCACCAAAAACCCUAUGGGGCACAGGCCUACUCUGACACUCAGGGACUUCCCAUGAGCUGGAGUUGACUCGGUGGCAACUGCUUAGAGUUUAGUUAGUCUAAGACAGAGGCUGCAAACUGCUGGCUCAUGGGCUGAAGCCUGUGCACACAGUAUUGACUGAAACGGAAUUCUUGGAAUUCUUUCAUUGGUGGUCAAUAUUUAAAAAUCAGGGGUAGCACAGUAAAAACAAACAGGUUUUGGCUUCUUUUGAAAGACCUGGCAAUGCUGAGCCACCUGUCCCUCGCAGCAUUCACUGGGAGAAUCCAGGACAGGGCUUGCUUCCCCACUUCUCCCCAGCCCCCACCUGGCCUCUUCCCUCUGGCCUCUGUGGUCAUUGUGCAGGAAAUGGCUGUGCUUGUGUCUGUCAGCGUCAAUGCCAGGGGACCAGCAGCAAGCCCUCAGGCACCAGGCUCCGGACAAGGCCGAUUGUAGUACAGCUCUGUAUGUAGGCAGCAGUUGGUGGCCCUCUUUUGUGGAGUGCCAGCUGCAGGAGGCACAAGGUCACCUCUCCCUUCCCCCUCCUGCCCAUCUUUGGCAGCUGCUGCCAGAUGUCAUUUUUGAAUGAUCUAACAUGAAAUGUGCCCCCUACCCCAGGUUGAAUAUCCCCCCUGAUGUAAGGCCAGUGUUUCUCAAAGCAUAGUUCAUGGACCGUCUGCAUGAGAACUUCCUGGGGGAGGUUUACUAAAAAUGCAGAUUCCUGACCUCCACCCUCAACCUAGUGAAUCAGAAUCUCUGCGUGGGGCCUGGGAAUCUGUGUUUUAAACACGGCUCUGCUGCAGGCGAUUUUGAUGCACAUUGACAUCCACAGUCUUCUGGAGGAAGGUCAAACCGGCCUCCAGGGUCUUGGGUCUUCAUGAAGGAAGGGGUCCUCCUUUCACUGGCCCUGAGCAUCCACCACAAACCAAGCCUGCUCCUCUCGCCUCCCUGCACUCCCAGGGCAGCAGGCGGCCAGGGCCCGGCCCCCUAUCAAGUCCCAUCUCCCAUCACUUUCAGAACCAGUUCAUUAUUCCUUUAUUAUUCCUGUUCUCCGCUUAUCAUUAUUAAUAAUCACUCUAGACAGGCCAGGGUGCUGACAGCUCCCCCCUUGUCUGUUCUUUCUGUUUUAAUCCUGCCUGCUUAUCUGGCGUUAACCUGAUCUUUCCCCAUUUAAUUAAGCAGUGCUGGUCAGCCCACUACUGCCCGUGUGGCGGUGGGAAUGAUCAGUUCUCCUGAUAGGCAGAGGAGUGGAGGGCUCUGCAGCCUGGAUGUCCACCUCCCCAGAGGGUAGGGUGGGGGGUGAGCCUAGCAGGGGCAACGUUGGGUCUGGAGGGCUGGGGAGCCAGGAGUGGUAGAUGACCAGUCCCCACUAGAGCGACCUUCUCAAACUUUAACCCGUUGCCAUUGAGUUGCCUCUGACUCAUGGCAACCCCUUGUGUGUCUGAGUAGAAAUAUGUUCUGAAGGGGUUUCAGUGGCUGAUGUUUCAGAAGUAGACCGCCAGGCCUUUCUUCCGAGGUACCUCUGGGUGGAGUCAGAUCCCCAACUUUUCUCUUAGCAGCUGGGUGCUUUAAUUGUUUGCACCACCCAGGGACUCCUCUCAAACUUUAGCCAGCCUCAGAAUCACCAGGAAGACCUGUUAAAACCUAGAUGGCUGGGUCCUGCCCCUGGUGAUUCUGAUUCAGUAGGUCUGGGGAGAGGCCAUGAACUUGAAUUUCUAGUAAGCUUUCAGGUGGUGCUGCUGCUGCUACUGGUGUAAGGACCACGCUUUGAGUAGGUAGCCCUGCUUUAGCAGGCUGACCUCAGCUUAGCAAUGGCCACUGGCCUGGCCCACACGCACCUUGCUCAAAAUGGAUUAAAGAGGAAGAGGCUUGAGCAGGGGGAAAUCGCUGCAAUCCUCAGAUGCGAGGUAGGGAGGGACUGAGCCAGGGGGCGCUCAGGAACAGAAAGGGAAGGGAUGUGGAUUCAGCACCUGGUCUAGAGAGACAACAGCACUUGGUGAUGGCAGUGGUGGUAUCAUCAGCUGCCCUCGAGUAUGUCCUGGUUCACGGUGACCCCAUGUGCACAGAGUAGAGCUGCUCCAUAGGAUUUUCAAGGCUGUGACCUUUUGGAAGCAGAUCGCCAGACCUGUCUUCCAACGCCUUCCAGGUGGGUUCGAACCACCAGUCUUUCGGCUAGUAGUCAAGCACUUAGCCAUUUAUGUCAUUCAGGCGGCAACGAGAGAGAUGGUAAAGACGGCGCCAUGGUUUUGAACAACUGGAGGUAUGGUGAUGCUUCACAGAAAUAAGUCCAGAGGGAACACACAGGGGUGGGGCUGGGAUAGACUGAGAUCACAACCAGCUACAUAAUUUGCAGAGCCCAGUGAAAAAUGAAAUUUAGGGCCCCUCGUCUAAAAAUGAUUAAGAAUUUCAAGACAGUGAUAUCAGAGCAUUGAACCAAGCAUGGGCCCUUCUAAGUGCAGAGUCCUAUUACGGAGCCUGUGAAGCCGGCUCUGACUGAGAUUCAGAAACAGUGAGGUAGCCAGACAGAACAGACCAGCCCCCUCGCUGCCUGUCCCUCGCUCUGCAGUCCCUUCGGUGGUUGGCACUUCCACUUCUGAUGCCACAAGGAACAAAAUGGGAGGUCGCUGGGCCCCAGAUUCUGCUGGCGUCCAGCUAGAGUCCUAGGGGAAAAUCCCCGAGUAGGAAAACCCUGUGGGCAAAAUCCUCAAAGAAGUUGCUGGUAAGACUCAGGAAAGGUAUCAUUUGGCCAGUAUUUGUGUGGAGUCACCCACCUUCAGGAGAUUCAGCGUUGUCUGUGGACAGACCUUUAGUUUUUCUGAGCUAUCAUUUAUGGCACGCUUCUCCUGUUUCAGGCAUUGUACAAAGCCCCUACUUUGUACUUUGUACUUUAUAUUGCUUCAUCCUUACAACAACCCCAUGAAGUAGGUGUUCUUGCCCUCCUUGUACAGAUGAGUAAACUGAGGUAGAGAGAGGUACAGAAACUUGCUGACAGCUGAUGGUGAGUGAGAACCAGCCCAUCGGGCCCCUGUGUGUCUAGGGCUGGGAGGUGCUGCCUUGGCCAGGCUCUGGGUGUCUAGGGCUGAUAUGGGUGGGCGCGGGGUGGCACGGGAGCUACACGUGCACCUGGGUGGUACAGGAAAAUGCAUAUAUACCCAAGUGCCAGCAAAGAUGGAAGGAUUUAUAGCAAUUAAAAUGUUUUGCCUAGGAGCUGUUUGCAGCCUUUUUUUUUUUGAAGCUAAGAGUUUUCUGACUUCAAAGUAUUAACAGACCCUCUAAAUGGUUUUGUUUUUUAAUUGCAGCAAAUGACUGUGGCGCCAUUAGAUUUUUGCCUCUCUGCAGUUGUUUCUGAGUCCUUUCGGUCCUCCUCCUUCUAUUUAUUCUGUUUAAUUCAGUCAGGUAGCUCCGGGGCAAUGGAGAUCAAUACUCCUCUUUGAUAGAAAAGAGUCAGGUUUGAAACCUAGAGAUAAAACUGACACAUUUUGUAUAAAUUUAAUUAAAAAUGCACCUUUAGUGGCUCGUUGCAGGCACAAAGCCGAGUGUCUAUCUCUCUAUCUGCCUUUCCCCCUACCCCCUCUUUCCUUUCUUGUUCCCUAACAGGGAAAUCUCUAAAUCUGCCUCGCCAGAGAGUCUUGUUUCAGGAUUUUGGACUUGAAACUUCUCUUCUGAGGGACAAUGAGGGAAGGUUGUGAAAUUCUAAGCAUCUCUGCUGUUCUGGCCCCUGCCCCCUUUCUCCAGAGUAGGCCAGGGCAAGAUGCAGAGGGGAGAAGAUCAGGGGAUCCAGGCUCUGGUGUGGGUCUGCCUUUCCUUUCACACUCCUUUUCUUUGACCCCUCAGCCUGAGCCUGAUGGCACCUUGGUCUGGAUCCACAGUCUCCUGGCUUCCUUGCUGUUUUUGACCUGAGUGGCCUGGUGGCCGC